AUGAAGACGGUUGCAGCACGGAGUCCGUUGGAGUGCGUGACGCUCUGUAAAACCACCCCGGGAUGCCUUUCUUGUAAUUUUUACGCCAGCAAUACGUCAGAUAACUGCGAUCUAAAUUUCCGUUCCAUGUCAAGCAGCAUCAACUUGCAACUUCAAGUGAUGGAAAACGCCACGUUCUAUAGCAUAUAUAAUCCUCGUGACUGUAACGAUGUAGAAGUCAAUGGGCUGUUCACCGUGGAUAUCGCGGGAUUUGGCGAGAAAGUCGUAUACUGUGAUAAUGGCUGGGUCGUUGUUAUGAGGAGGUACGACAACUCGUUUGAUUUUCACCGAAACUGGGCCUCGUACAGGGACGGCUUUGGUGACCCAAAUGACCAGUUUUGGCUGGGAAACGAUGCUCUCCACGCAUUGACCAAUCAAGGAGAUUACUCCAUGCAGAUUGACAUGAAAUCCUGCAAUGGCAAUUAUUACUUCGUCAAGUGGAGUUUGUUCCGCAUUAACAACGAGGCUGCAAAUUACGUCAUAACCGACAUUAUUGUUGACUCCUACAACACUUCGACGAAAUACCGUUUGGCUGAGGUUCUAGGUUGGAGAUUUGGAACGACUGAUAAUCCAGUAGGCUCUUGUCCUCAAAAUCACGGCGGCGGAUGGUGGUUCGAGAGUUGCACUCGCUGGCAGCUGACUGGAUACUAUCCGGUGGGAUGCUCUGGGACAGCUGGGAUGAAGAUGGCCGCUAUAACCGGAAACAACUGCGACAACGGGUGCAUAAUUCAAUCUGGUACCAUGAAGAUCAGGCGAAACACUUAGAUAAAAAAAAAUCAAAAUCAAAAUGCAAUUUAAUGUUGUUUCCACAUAUAAUAAGUACUUGUUGAGAAUUCAUUUGUGUCCAAUGCUGUGAGUGUGUUUCCAGUUUAUAUCACGUACAAUAGGAUACUAAUCAUUCAUUUUAGAGAAAAAUAAUUUUGACUCUUUAGUUCACGCAUGUUAUUAUUUCAAAGAAUCAAAUACGUUUUAUUUUCAAUUUUUCACAGUGCUGGUGUCAUACUUCCGCUACAUAAGUUAAAAUUGCCUGUACAGUUGAGUCACAUAGAUAAAAAUGCAUCUGUAUGGUUAAAUUAUCCAAAACGUUUUCGAUGACGCAAAAUAAGAGUUAAAUUAUUUAGCCGAUUUUAAUGACAAAUGUUCUUGGGUUUUUCUUUGAACCAAUUUGGCUGACAUGAGAAAACCAAGGAAUUUCAAACUGGGUCAACUUCAAUAUUUUUCCCGUAAGACCAUUUGUGAAAUGUUUAAUUGAACGUAUAUAAUUCGGAACGACAUUAUUUUAAUCAUGUCUGACAUUAAUUUUUGGUCAGUUCCGGUACAGAAGUCAGAUAGUGAAUUUUUUAGAUUAGAAGAAGUGUAUUUUAUUAUUGUGUCAAUGGUAUACCCCGGCCAAAUGGACCUUCUUGCCACCAUAAGGUGUCAUGUUUCUCAUAGCCUACAUGCAUCAGCGCCAACAAUUUAUGAUCAAAUGAAAAUGAUAAGUACAGAUAAGCAAUCAAUUGAAUAGAUAGUGAUAAGUACGUUAUUGAUUUGUUUCUCUUUGCAGUUGGAAGGUACCUUGUUUGACGACGUCCCAAAGUGAUAUUUUCUGUCUACACAUCCUGCAAAUAUUCUUACCGUUCCCACUCCAUACCUAAAAAAAGAUUAAAUCCCUCAAAUAAAAG